AUGUCCAACAGCAGCUCCAUCACCGAAUUUCUCCUCCUGGCAUUUGCAGACAGACGGGAGCUGCAGCUCCUGCACUUCUGGCUCUUCCUGGGCAUCUACCUGGCUGCCCUCCUGGGCAACGGCCUCAUCAUCACCGCCAUCGCCUGCGACCACCACCUCCACACCCCCAUGUACUUCUUCCUCCUCAACCUCUCCCUCCUCGACCUGGGCUCCAUCUCCACCACUCUCCCCAAAGCCAUGGCCAAUUCCCUCUGGGACAACAGGGCCAUUUCCUACCCAGGAUGUGCUGCACAGCUAUUUCUGUUUCUAUUUUUGAUAUCAUCAGAAUAUUUCCUUCUUACUGUCAUGGCCUAUGACCGCUAUGUUGCCAUCUGCCAACCCCUGCACUACGGGACCCUCCUGGGCAGCAGAGCUUGUGUCCACAUGGCAGCAGCUGCCUGGGGCACUGGGUUGCUCAGUUCUCUCCUGCACACUGCCAACACAUUUUCCCUACCACUCUGCCAAGGCAAUUCCAUAAACCAGUUCUUCUGUGAAAUUCCACAGAUUCUUAAGCUCUCCUGCUUAGAUGCCUACCUCAGGGAAAUUAGACUUAUCAUGUUUAGUGCCUGUUUAGUAUUUGGGUGUUUUCUUUUCAUCAUGCUCUCCUAUGUACAGAUCUUCAGGGCCGUGAUGAGGAUCCCCUCUGAGCAGGGACAGCACAAAGCCUUCUCCACAUGCCUCCCUCACCUGGCUGUGGUCUCCCUGUUUAUCAGCACUGUCACGUUUUCCCACUUGAAGCCCCCCUCCAUCUCCUCCCCAACCCUGGACCUGGUGGUGUCCUUUCUGUACUCGGUGGUGCCUCCAGCAGUGAACCCCCUCAUCUACAGCAUGAGGAACCAGGAGAUGAAGGACGCACUGAAGAAGCUGAUUCAGUCAGGUGUCUGUCAUCAGGAAUAA